AUAUCAUCACAGAUUAUAUGGGCAUCCGAAAUGAAAGUUUCAUGAAAUUAGCCGCAGUAGGGACAUGGAUGGGGGAUUUUGUCACUGCAUGGAUGGUAACUGAUAUGAUGCUUCAGGACAAACCCUAUCCUGAUUGGGGGAAAUCUGCAAGAGCUUUCUGGAAGAAAGGAAACGUUAGGAUCAUUUUAUUCUGGACGGUUCUUUUUACUCUGACAUCUGUGGUUGUACUUGUCAUUACAACUGAUUGGAUCAGCUGGGACAAGCUGAAUAGGGGGUUUUUGCCUAGCGAUGAAGUUUCCAGAGCAUUCCUAGCUUCUUUCAUCUUGGUGUUUGACCUCCUUAUUGUAAUGCAGGACUGGGAAUUUCCGCAUUUCAUGGGAGAUGUUGAUGUAAAUCUCCCUGGGUUACACACUUCACACAUGCAGUUCAAGAUUCCUUUCUUCCAGAAGAUCUUUAAAGAGGAAUAUCGUAUUCACAUCACAGGUAAAUGGUUUAACUAUGGAAUUAUCUUUCUCGUCUUGAUUUUGGAUCUUAAUAUGUGGAAGAACCAGAUAUUUUAUAAGCCUCAUGAAUAUGGACAGUAUAUUGGCCCAGGGCAGAAGAUAUAUACCGUAAAGGACUCAGAGAGCUUAAAGGAUUUGAACAGGACCAAACUAUCCUGGGAAUGGAGGUCCAAUCACACUAAUCCCCAGACGAACAAAACAUACGUUGAAGGGGACAUGUUCUUACACAGCAGAUUCAUUGGGGCGAGCUUGGACGUCAAGUGUCUGGCUUUCGUUCCAAGUUUGAUAGCUUUUGUAUGGUUUGGAUUCUUUAUUUGGUUCUUUGGACGGUUUUUGAAAAAUGAACAAGGUAUGGAGAAUCAAGACAAUACAUAUACUCGUAUGAAAAGAAAAUCCCCAUCGGAACAUAGCAAAGACAUGGGUAUCACUCGAGAAAACACGCAAGCCUCAGUGGAAGACCCGCUGAACGAUCCUGCUUUGGUCUGCAUCAGGUCUGACUUUAAUGAGAUUGUCUACAAAUCUUCCCACUUAACGUCGGAAAACUUGAGCUCACACUUGAAUGAAUCUACCAGCGCCAUUGAAACUGAUCCUGAUCCAUCCACUUCUAAGAAAAGUUCCCCUACGAACUAGAGUCCCUCACUUUCUUGAAGAUAGCACACAAAGUAACUUGGAGUAUAAUUUAAAGUUAGUCUUUCUUUUUUGUAUAUGUAAGGUUUACGUAGUGUUAGGUAAAGACAUAAAAAACAAUGCCACAAAGGUGCUCAACACGCUUUUUCUAGGACUCAUUGUUUUCUAUUUGUAUUAUGAUACAUGUGCCUACUGUAUAUCUAACAGUCCUCUAGAAAUUGCUUUUCACAAUUGCGCAAGCUAUUUAUUGACUUGACAGCAUAGGUGAGCUUAUGUCCUGCAUAUCUAAUGUUCAACCAUAGUGGUGCCUUGAGACAUUCAACUGUUUUUAACUGUACCUGAAAUGAAAUGUGGAAUAGUUUUUGUAUCCAAUUAUUUUGAUCUUCACUUAAUGUCUGAGCAGGAAACAGAUAGAGUCAAGAAAUGGCUCAGGAAGUAUUUCUUAGCUUGUUAUGCAGCAGCAGAUUUAGUGAUUUGUACAGCUGAACUGCAGACUCAUUAUGAUUACCUUGACUUUUAUUGGCUGUCUGCCAAAUCCAAAUACAGAUGCAACAUGCAGUAAAAAGAGAAUGAUAGUCCUACAUGGGUCACUACUUGUGAAAAGUGACUUUCUCCUACCAGUAAAUGCAGUCAGAUGAUAAUACUUACUCAUGUUUGCCUAAUUAAGAGACACUGCUAAUUGAUGGAAAACCCUGCCAUUCACCUCUGGGACAAAGGUGAAGAGGAGCAGGGGAAUAAACUAACAAAUUUGCUAGCAUUUACACAAAGCCCAAGAAAAAUGAAGGAACUGAAAUUUCUAUCAUGUCAAAGUUGCACAGCCUACCAUCUAUAAUAUUUGUACAUCAUUCUGUAAACAUGGCUUGGAGCAGUGAAAAUUGAAAAUGUAUUAUAACUCUGGGCAAGAAAACUCUUCUAAAAACUAAUGCAGCAGAACUUUGUGAGGUAGAAAAAGAUGUGCAUGAAAAAGCCUGUUUAGUGGUUUGUUAUGUGUGUGCAUUUGUUUUUAAUUUUAAAGAGUUAACACCUCAAAUUAAUAAAUAAAUAUUAUAAAUCA